AUAAAUAAAUAAAUGGGAAGAAAUCUCGGCUCUGUAUGUCUGAGCUUUGCAAUGGCGAUUGGUUCACCCACACCAUGGACUGGCGAUUACAGUCUUCUUCUUCCGCUGAAUUUUAUUCACAAUAUGUAGGAAGAUAGGGUCGCAAGCUCGCGGUGAUGUGCUGCAGUCUCAAUUUUAUUUAUUUAUUAAGUUGAAGUAGUGAGCUGGUUGUGUCGAUGUUCAUUUGCUGGCUUUGAUGCGGCGGGUGAAUUGGUAAUGACAUGUUCUCUGGAGUGAAUACACAGACCUGUCAAGAUUGAUUUGAUAACUGAAGCAUUGGAGGCUUUCAGAUUACUAAAGAUAGAUAUCAGAGAUCCUCAAUUUUGAAUAGUGAACUGAAGUUGGUUUUCUUAAGAUACAACAUAGAUGGAAACGGCCAGACGUUGGUUUGCAAAAUACCGAUCGAAAGAGAAACAUGGUACUUCAAGCAAAAAGAAGGAAGCCAUGCCUCAUGGGACAGAUGGUUCAAAAACGCCAUUGAAUGACGACACUCCUUCUAAUGCAACCCAGCAGAAGGUAGCUGCUGCCAAGCAGUAUAUAGAAAAGCAUUACAAGGAACAGAUGAGAAGCCUGCAAGAACGUAGAGAACGUCGCUAUAUGUUAGAGAGGAAACUGGCUGAUGCUGAGGUCUCAGAAGAAGAGCAGAACAAUAUUUUAAAGUAUCUCGAGAAAAAGGAAACGGAGUACAUGCGUCUUCAGAGGCAUAAAAUGGGUGCUGAUGAUUUUGAACCACUAACAAUGAUUGGAAAGGGUGCAUUUGGGGAGGUUAGAGUCUGUAGGGAGAAGUCAACUAGCCAUAUAUAUGCCAUGAAAAAGCUUAAAAAGUCUGAAAUGCUUCGUAGGGGCCAGGUCGAGCAUGUUAAAGCAGAAAGGAAUCUACUUGCCGAAGUGGACAGCAACUGCAUUGUCAAACUUUAUUGCUCUUUCCAAGAUGACGAGUAUCUAUAUCUAAUAAUGGAAUAUCUCCCUGGUGGAGAUAUGAUGACUUUGCUGAUGCGUAAAGAUACAUUAACAGAAGAUGAAGCAAGGUUUUAUGUUGGAGAAACAGUUCUUGCGAUUGAAUCUAUCCACAAGCACAACUAUAUUCAUAGAGACAUCAAGCCCGAUAAUUUGUUACUUGACCGGAAUGGCCAUAUGAAACUAUCAGACUUUGGAUUGUGCAAACCGCUAGAUUGCAGUAAUAUUCAAGAGAAGGAUUUUUCUGUGGGAAGUGCUUAUAGUGGACCUCUUCAAAGUGAUGGACGCCCUGCAGCACCUAGGAGAACGCAGCAAGAGCAGCUGCAACACUGGCAGAGGAACAGAAGGAUGCUUGCUUAUUCAACUGUUGGAACGCCUGAUUACAUUGCUCCUGAAGUUCUUCUGAAGAAAGGAUAUGGGAUGGAAUGUGAUUGGUGGUCUUUGGGGGCUAUAAUGUAUGAGAUGCUGGUUGGGUAUCCACCAUUCUAUUCAGAUGAGCCCAUGUCUACUUGCAGAAAGAUUGUAAACUGGAGAACACAUUUAAAGUUUCCUGAAGAGGCAAAACUGUCACGGGAAGCCAAAGACCUCAUUUGUAAACUGUUGUGCAAUGUAGAAAAAAGGCUCGGAACAAGAGGCGCUAAUGAGAUUAAGGCUCACCCGUGGUUCAGAGGCACUGAAUGGGAUAAGUUAUAUCAAAUGAAAGCUGCAUUCAUUCCCGAAGUAAAAGAUGAAUUGGAUACUCAAAACUUUGAAAAGUUCGACGAGUCUGACAAUCAGGUCCCAUCAACUACAAAAUCAGGUCCAUGGAGGAAGAUGCUUUCAUCUAAGGAUGUCAAUUUUAUGGGCUACACCUAUAAGAACUUCGAAAUUGUGAAUGACCACGAAGUUCCGGGAAUCACUGAACUGAAGAAGAAGAGCACCAAACCUAAGAGACCUACUGUGAAGUCUCUUUUCAGUGAGGAGUCUAACUCCACAUCCAACCAACCUGCACAGGGCAGUUUCCUUAAUUUAUUACCUCCCACGUUAGAAGACUCGAGACCAUAGUACGACCCCGUUUUGAUUGAACUGGAUAGCGUUGUUGUUUGCCGAGCUGGAUGUCUUCAUCUGGUUGUUAUUUUACUGGCGGUCUCCAUGAUGAAGACAAGACCAGUGCCUUUUCCUCGUAUCCAGGAGAUAUUUAUUUGUUUCGCAUUCGAUUGACAUGGUUUUGUUUUGUGCAUAAAAAUGAUGUCCUGAAUGUACAUAUAGAUUCCCUCCAUUUGUAAUUCUUUCUUCGACACACACACACACACACAGACACGUACACACGCCGCUGCCGGCUAGCCAUCCGACGAUUCAUUGUUAAGUUGUUGCAAAUUCUUGUUGCAGUCAGUGUAUGCUUGGUUUUUUACCAAAAAGAAUGUCGAGGAAUCUCUAGUGUUUGUUUGUUUGUUUGUUA